AUGCAGACUGUAUUCAUGGUUGCUGAGAAACCAUCACUAGCUGAAUCAAUAGCGAAAUCCUUAUCUAAUAAGCGUAAUUCAAGUCGACGUGGAUUCAAUGGAGCAUGUUCUAUUCAUGAAUGGACUGGUCAAUUUAUGAGUGAACAAGUUCGCUUUAAAAUGACGUCAGUGUGUGGUCACGUAAUGAAUGUCGAUUUCUUAAGUCGUUAUAAUAGUUGGGAUAAAGUAGAUCCUGCUGAGCUGUUUGUUGCCCCGAUUGAGAAAAAGGAAGCUAACCCCAAAUUGAAAAUGGUGGAUUUUCUUCGCCACGAGGCGAAAAAUGCUGGUAUAUUAAUUCUUUGGCUGGAUUGUGACAAAGAGGGUGAAAAUAUCUGUUUUGAAGUUAUCAAUUGUGUUCAUUCAGUUAUGGUACACCCCAAAAGAAUUCUACGUGCACAUUUCAGUGCUGUUACUGACCAAGAACUACAUGGUGCUAUGAAAAAUCUUAGAGAACCUAAUAAACACGAAGCAUUGUCAGUAGAUGCUAGGCAAGAACUUGAUCUUCGAAUCGGUUGUGCGUUCACUAGGUUCCAAACGAAAUUUUUUCAGGGGAAGUAUGGUGAUCUAAACAGCAAUCUUGUGUCGUUUGGACCUUGUCAAACACCUACACUUGGAUUUUGCGUAAAACGACACGAUCAAAUCCAAUCAUUUAAACCAGAAACAUUUUGGCGGAUAACGGUCUCGGGUGUAGAUGAUACCGGGGGUGUAUUAGAAAUGUCAUGGAAUCGUGAUCGUAUCUUUGAUAAAGAAGCUGCUUCAGUAUUUUUAGGUCGAGUCAAGUCUUCCAAAACAGCAGAAGUCGUCCAGGUAUCUGUCAAACAGAAAAUUAAACCACGUCCACAAGGUUUGAAUACAGUAGAAAUGUUACGAGUUGCCAGUGCUGGUUUAGGUAUUGGACCACAUAGUGCAAUGGCUAUUGCGGAACGAUUGUAUACAUCUGGUUACAUAAACUAUCCACGUACUGAGACAACAGCUUAUCCAAACACAUUUGAUUUACGUGGAUUACUACAGCAGCAGGUGAAUAAUCCAGUUUGGGGAGAUCUAGCUCGUGAAAUUCUAAAAAGUGGGUUAACUCCACCUCGUGCUGGUCAUGAUGCAGGUGACCAUCCUCCUAUUGCUCCUAUGCGUUUUGCGUCCUCCCAAGAACUGGGACAUGAAGCCUAUCGAUUGUAUGAGUACAUUACACAACAUUUUAUCGCUACUAUUAUGCCCGAUUGUUGUUAUGAACAAACACAAGUGACCGUAUCCGUUGGUGAUGGUGAAUUGUUUACAAUUAGUGGAUUAAAAGUAGUUGACCCUGGUUUUACACGAAUAUUAACUUGGCAAGCAAUAGAAGAUAAAUCGUUGCCUAUAACACUUCUUAAUCAAGGCUAUCAAUUCAAUUUACUUGAAGAACCAAGUUUAGUUGAAGGACAAACUGGUCCACCAGACUAUUUAACUGAGGCUGAAUUAAUUACCGCUAUGGAACGUCAUGGGAUUGGAACUGAUGCAUCAAUCCCAACACAUAUAGAAAAUAUCGUUCAAAGAGGUUACGUUCAACUUCUUUCGGGGCGAAAACUACAACCUACACCAUUAGGGAUUGUACUUGUUCAUGGUUAUCAAACAAUCGAUGCCGAACUUGUCCUACCACAUAUGCGUAGAGCUGUUGAAGAACAAUUAAAUCAUAUUGCUCGUGGUCAUGCUAAAUAUGAUUUAGUAUUACAAUUUGUUUUAGCUAUUUUUGCCGCAAAAUAUCGUUAUUUUGUUGAACAUAUCAAUGGUAUGGAUCAAUUGUUUGAAGUUUCAUUCACUACUCUAGCUAGUUCAGGUAAACCUUUAUCCAGAUGUGGAAAAUGUCAUCGAUACUUAAAGUUUAUAGAUUCUCGACCACAACGACUUCAUUGUUCAAUUUGUAAUGAAACAUAUACAUUACCACAGAAUGGUACAAUUCGACCCUAUAAAACCGAAAAGUGUCCUUUAGAUAAAUUUGAACUACUAUGCUAUACUCAAGGCGGUAAAGGAAGAAAUAUGGUUUUUUGUCCAUAUUGUUUUUCUCAUCCACCAUUUGAAUCAAUGCCAAAAUUAUCCGGUUGUAAUAGAUGCCCUCAUCCAACAUGUCCACAAUCAAUGGAAUCAUUAGGAGUUGAUGCAUGUCCUGAUUGUCCAUAUGGUAUACUAGUUUUAGAUGAUUCUAAUGCACCAAAAUAUCGUUUCAAUUGUAAUAGAUGUCCAACAUUCCUGUCUAUUUCUGACGCUGUAAAAAGUAUGUCUGUCAAAAAUGUUAGUUGUUCAGUAUGUACAGCUAUGCAUCUUAACUUGAGAUUUGAUCCGGGUAAAGUCCCUAAUUCAAGCGAAGAUAAUUCUGAAAAAAUUAGCACUACAUUCUCUGGAUGUGCAUUCUGUACAGAAUCAUUAUGUUCAUUAUUCACUAUUGUAAGAAAAAAGGAAGCACCGAAUAAUCCUACUGUCAAUUUACGUGGUUCACGCCAUCAUUCUGGAACCCAUCAACGAGGUGGUCGACGAGGGCGGAGUUUUCGAUAAAAUUUACAGACUAUGAACUAUAUUGAUGUCUGCUAACUGAUACUUAUGAACGUAAUUCGUGUGCAUUAAUAGUUGUGAUCAUAUUACACUGUACAUAGUUAUCGUCUUUGUUAAUAUAAAUAUAUACAUAUACUAAAG